UGCCAUUGGCACUGCAAUCAGCUACAGAACGAUUUAGUCAAGCGAGCGCUAUACACAGUAGCAGAAGCAGAAGUAGAACCUCAGCGCAAUGAGCAGCCAGAGCAAAGUGUGUAAGGGUCCGGCCAUAGGCGUGCGCCACUUGCAGUCACUGCUGCUCUUCUUGGGACUGACAGUGAUGCACAUAGCGCGUCUGAAUGUGAGCGUUGCUAUAGUGGCCAUGACCAAUGCAGAGUCCACCAAUCCCGAUUUUCCGGAGCAUCACUGGACGGAGCGCCAGAAGUCGUACAUACUCUCGAGUUUCUAUUGGGGCUACAUACUCACUCUGUGUCCGGGCAGCUUUCUGUGUCGCCGCUUCGGCGCCAAGGUGGUGCUCUUCAUCGCCAGCUGCGGCACCGCCAUCUUCAGCUUCGUCACGCCCUCCAGCAUAGCCUGGGGCGGCUGGCAAGUGUUCUGCGGCAUACGCAUCGUUCAAGGUCUAUUCCAGGGCGUCAUAUUUCCCGCCGUAACUGAGCAUCUGGCUGUUUGGUCGCCGCCGGAGGAGCGCAACCGCCUGGGCGCCUUCAGCUACACAGGCUCGGACUGUGGCACGGUUCUGGCCAUGUUUAUAAGCGGCAUGAUUGCCAAAGGCCCAUUGGGCUGGCCGGGCAUUUCGUAUGUGUCGGGCGCGCUCUGUGGCGCCUGGUGCAUACUUUGGCUCAUUUGCGGCGCCAACAAUGCGACCGAGUCGCGCUUCAUCAGCGAUGCGGAGUGCAAGUACAUUGAGUCCUCACUGCAGCAUUCAGAUGAUUUCCACGCACGAAACAUUCCCAUACCCUGGCGCGCCAUUUGCACCUCCAUCCCCUUUCUGGCUUUGCUUGCUGCGCGCUGCUCAGAGACCUAUGGACUGAGCACGCUGCAGGCGGAGAUUCCGUCGUACAUGAAUGGCGUGCUGCAAAUGGACAUUCAAAGCAAUGCCGUCUUCUCCUCGCUGCCCUUCCUCACCAUGUGGAUGAUGUCGUAUGUCUAUCUGAUUAUCGCCGAUGUGCUGCUCCGACGCAAGUGGCUUUCACUUACCUCGGUGCGCAAACUGUUCAACACAAUCGCCUUUUGGCUACCAGCCGCGGGUCUUAUUGCGAUUGGCUUCUUGUCAGAGGAAAAUACCAAGAUGGCCAUUGCCUUGAUGACCAUCAGUGUGGGCAUAAAUGCUGGCUCUACAAUUGGCAGCACGUUAAACACCAUUGAUCUGUCGCCGAAUCAUGCGGGUUUUCUCAUGGGCUUCAGCAAUACGGUGGCCAAUGUGAUUCCCAUUCUCACUCCACUGAUAGCCGGAUUGAUUGUCGUGGAUAAGCACGAUCGUAGUCAGUGGCAAAUAGUCUUUGGCAUCGCUGCGGUCAUUUUCUUCUUUGGCAACUGUGUGUUUCUCAUCUGGGGCACUGCCCAAGCGCAGCCCUGGGAUGCAGAAGACUUUCUCACUGCGAAGGAUACAGAAGCAAACACAAAGCAAGCUCCAAGCGCAGCUCCAGCACUAGCCCCACCCAUCGAUCCCGUGCUGGAGCAGCAGAUUCGAUGGACGGAAAGGUAUACGGCCAAGGCCUUGGACUGAUUUGUGGCAUUGUGAGCGAAUUUUGUUGAUUUAAUCAGUAUUAACAUUAAGCAGGUUGUAAUUUAUUUUAUUUAUAAGUCCAUAAAUGUCUACUUAUUGUUAACUAAAUU